UCUUUUUUUUUUUUUUUUUGAAUAAAGAACCUCAUUUAUUUUUAUACCAUGUCAACUCGUUUGGAUCAUCGUACUGAUAAUAAAGAAUUACGUGCCUUUUCAGCCUCCCAAAAUAUUUUGAAUAGAGCCGAUGGAUCUGCAAAGUUUAGUUUUGGCGAAACUUCAGUUCUAGUAUCAGUAUGUGGACCUAUGGAUGUAUCAGUUCGAGAUGAAAAAUUGGAUGAAGCUACAGUGGAGGUAGUUGUACGUCCGGCUACUGGAUACGCGCAAACCAAAGAAAAACUGAUUGAAAACAUUUUACGAACGACUUUUGAACCUAUCAUUCUUUCUGGUAUGAUGCCUCGUACUUUGAUUGAAAUUGUCGUACAAAUUGAAAAGGAUGAUGGAUCAGCUCUUUCAGCUGCUGUUAACGGUGUAACAUUAGCUCUUUUGGAUGCUGGACUUCCGAUGAAAUAUAUGGCGGCAGCCGUGACUUGUAUGAUAGAUAAAACAACAGAUGAAUUAGUACUGGAUCCUACAGCAAAGGAAUUGGAGAAUGCUGCGUCCAGUCAUACAUUUGCAUUUGACAGUAUAAAUAAAUCAUCUCAUGUCUUGUUAUCAAAUUCAAGUGGUCAAUUCAGUGAAAAUCAAUAUUUUGCUUGUCAUGAUCUUUGCUUUGAAGCGGCGGAUAAGGUCCAUGGAUUUUUACGUGUAUCGGUAGAAUCAAAGAAAGAAAAAGAAUAUCAACAAAUUCAUCAAUAAAAAAUUGUAGACUUUUAUUUAUAUAUCAUUUAUAUAGCCCAUUAAUUAUUUUUGUCCUUUUUAUGCAGUCAGUAAAGCUCUUUUGAGUGACUAUAA